AUGGCGGCGGUCAGCAGCGCGUCGGGGCUCAUUGCUCUUUUGCAGGAGCCGGAUACGACGCUGCGCACGCACGCACUCAAGUCCCUGACGUCCGUUUGCGAUGAGUUCUGGUUCCAGAUCUCAGGCUCCAUUUCCGUCGUAGAGAACCUAUUCGAGGACGAUGCCUUCCCAGAGAAGGAGCUCGCGGCCCUCCUGGCCUCCAAGGUCUUUUACCACCUCGGGGAGCUCGAGGACGCCCUGACGUACGCCCUCGGCGCCGGCGCGAAGUUCGACGUGACGGACAACAGCGAAUACGUCCAAACGCUCAUCGCGCAAUGCAUCGACAAGUACGUGGCGCAGCGGGUGCGCAUCGACGACGGGCUGGCCGAGGCCGGGGAGGAGAUCGACCCGCGCCUCGAGGACAUCGUGGAGCGCAUGCUCGACCGCUGCAUGAUCGAGGGGCAGCUCGAGCACGCCAUCGGCGUCGCGGUCGAGGCCCGGCGGCCGGACCGCGUCGAGGCCGCUGUCUGCGCUGCGGGCUCCGCCGGCGAGCCGCGCCUGCUCGCGUACAUGCUGGGCAUCACCCGUGACCUCGUCAUCAGCCAGAAGUUCCGCGAGACGCUGCUCCGGCUCGCCGUGCGCCUGUAUCGCAAGCACGCGGAGCCGGACUGGGUCCGCAUGUGCGACUGCCUGAUGGUCCUGGGGGAGUCGAAGGAGGUCGCGGAGGUGCUUGCGAGCCUGGUGCGGUCGGGCGACGCGGCCAAGGUGGGCCUCGCGCUGCAGGUCGCGUUCGACCUCGUCGCCGCCGAGCAGCCGGGCUUCACUGGGGACGUCGCGCACCAGCUCGCGGACCUCGCGCCGAAGCCCGAGCCCGCGCCGGCGCCGCAGCAGCCCGAGGGCGCGGUCACGGACGCCGGCGCCCCCUCGGACGGCAAGCCCGCGGGCGACGCGGGCGAGGAGGAGACGCCCGAGGCCGCGAACUUCCGGCGCCUCCAGGCGAUCAUGUCGGGCGAGGAGCCGAUCAAGCUGCAGCUGCACUUUCUGUCGACCAAGCGCAAGACCGACCUGCACAUCGUCAAGGUCAUCAAGAAGUACAUCGACUCGCGCUCGAGCAUCCUCCACUCCGCGACGGUGCUCGCGAACGCGUACAUGACGUGCGGGACCAUGGAGGACACGUUCCUCCGCGACAACCUCGACUGGCUGUCGCGCUCCACCAACUGGGCCAAGUUCUCGGCCACGGCGGGCCUGGGGCAGAUCCACCGCGGACAGAUCCCGCGCGCGCGCAACCUCCUCGCGCCGUACCUCCCGCGCACCGCCGGAGGCACGCCGGGCGCCGCCACGACGGCCGAGCGCGGCGACGGUGGGUUCGCCAUGCCGACGGGCGGCGGCGGCAGCGCGUCGCCGCCGUACUCCGAGGGCGGCGCGCUGUACGCGAUGGGCCUGAUCCACUCGCGGCACGGCGAGCCCGCGCGCGAGUACCUGCUUGGGCAGCUCCGCGCGGCGACGCACGAGGUCGUCCAGCACGGCGCGUGUCUGGGCACGGGGCUGGCGUUCAUGGGCUCGAACGACGCGGGGGCGCUGGAGGACGUGAAGCAGGUGGUGUACAACGACAACGCCGUGGCGGGCGAGGCCGCGGGGCUCGCGAUGGGGCUCGUGCAGAUCGGGGCGCCUGCGGGGGAGGCCGCGGACGAGGCGGCGGCGGAGAUGCUGGCCUACGCGCUCGACACGCAGCACGAGAAGAUCACGCGCGGGCUCGGAAUGGGCAUCGCGCUGCUGAUGUACGGCCGCGAGGCGCGCGCCGAGGUGAUGGUGGAGCAGAUGGCGGGCGCGCAGGACCCCAUCGUGCGCUACUCGGCGAUGAUGGUCGUGGGGCUGGCGUACCGCGGGACGUCGAACAACCACGCGAUCCAGCGGCUGCUGCACUUCGGCGUGUCGGACGUGUCGCACGACGUGCGGCGCGCGGCGCUCAUGGCGCUCGGGCUGGUCAUGUGCGACCGCCCCGAGAAGUGCCCGCGCCUCGUGGCGCUCCUGAGCCAGUCCUACAACCCGCACGUCCGGUACGGCGCCGCGAUGGCCGUGGGGCUGUCGUGCGUGGGCACGGGCCUGCGCGAGGCCGAGGCGCUCCUGAAGCCGCUGCUCACCGACCACACCGACUUCGUGCGGCAGGGCGCGCUCAUCGCGAUGGCGCUCGUCAUGGUCCAGCAGCCGGAGCCGCGCCUGAAGGACUUCCGCGCGCACCUCGACAAGACGAUCACCGCGCGGCACGAGGAGGUCAUGAGCAAGAUGGGCGCCAUCAUGGCAGCGGGCAUCGUCGACGCCGGCGGGCGGAACUGCACCAUCCAGCUGCGCACCGCCGCGGGGCAGAUCCGGCAGCAGAGCGUCGUCGGGCUCGCGGUGUUCACCCAGUACUGGUACUGGUACCCGCUGGCGCACUUCCUCUCCCUCGCCUUCACGCCGACGUGCGUGGUCGGCGUCGACGAGAAGCUGCGCGUCCCCGAGGUCGCGCUGGACUGCAUGUGCAAGGCGUCGACGUUCGCGCCCGCCCCGCCGCUGCCGGCGGACGCCGGCCGGCAGGCCUCGCGCGCGCAGCGCGCCGUGCUGUCGUACACGCGCAAGAAGAAGGGCGACCCGGCGGACAAGGCUGGCGGCGCCGCGAAGGCCGCGGACGCCGGCAAGGCCGCGGACGCCGGCAAGGCUGGCGCGGGUGCCAUGGAGGUCGAUGGCGCAGGGCCGAGCAAGGCCGGCGCGAUGGAGGUCGAUGGCGCGGCGGGCAAGGGCGGCGGCGAGAAGAAGGCUUCGGGCGGCGACGGGGACGCUGAGAUGGCGGGGGAGGGCGAGGCGAAGGACGCCAAGGCGCCGGAGCCCACGCAGCACAAGCUGGAGAACCCUGCGCGCGUGGUGCCGGCGCAGGUGCAGUUCGUGCGCGUGCCGGAGAGCUCCCGGUGCGUACUCGCGGCGCCGGACCGCGCGCCGUCAGGCAUCGUCGUCCUGCGCGACACGGCCGCGGACCCGGAGGCCGACCCCCCCAAAAUCGUCUUCCCGGAGCCCCCCGCGCCCGCGCCGGCCGCCGGGGACGCCGCGGCGGCCGAGGGCGACAAGGCCGCGGGCGACGGUGCGCGCAACGACGGCACGGAGCGCGAGGGCGCGCCUGCGCGCACGGGGGGCCUCUUUGACCAGGAUGCGGGGGAGGGCACGCCGACGUUCGAGGCUGGGCGCCGGGACAGCGAGGAGGACGGCGGCAACGACGACGACGACGAGGACGACGACGAGGAGGAGGACGACGACGACGACGAGCCGGCGCCGCCCGAGGAUUUUGAAUACGACGGCCAGCCGCACAACAACGCGUGA